CUCUUUCAUCCAUGCCUGCCCGGCUGCCCCUCCCCUGCCCUCAUCAUGGCUCCGCUCCCUUCCCUUCUCCCUUUAUCGUCUCGUCUGCAUGCACCAUCGCCGCAGCUAAAGCUUGCUCCUGCCGCCGCGCCCGCGCGCGAGGGGUUCCUUGAUGCCGCCCAGCUCCCAGAUGGUGGCCAUACUACAACUCACGCUCCUACUCAUUUCAUGUAGCCUUUACAGCAUGCUGCAUUCUUCUUCUUCUUCUUCUCCUUCCUCCUCCUCCUCCUCCUCCUCCUCGGCACCGUCCUCGCUCGCGUUGCUGGUGCUGCUGGUCGUCUCCACCUGCCUCUCCUUGCUCUUCGCCAGCCUCAAAAGGCUACUCAGAGACACCACCGCCCACAGAGGAGCUAACAACAGGGCGCCAGCUCCUUCCAUGGAGGAGGCUGCGGCUGCGGCUGCGGCUGUGUUUCCGGAGAAGAGCGUUGUGUCGUCGUCGCCACUGCCACAGGACGAGGCGGCGGAGGAUUUCACGGUGGGCGGGAGCGGAACAAGCCCGUCAGAUUCUUCGGAGUGCGCGACGACCAACGACGACGAGGACGAGGGCACCGAGGAAGAAGGCUCGGUGUCAGACGAAACCGACGCCGACAACGACGACGACGACGACGACGAGAGCCUCAUUGAGAUCUCCCUUGUCGACGGCCACUACGUGGGCUCCGAGCAGCGCCGCGCGUACAACUGCAACUACAAGAAGGACCUCCUCGCGGACCUGCUGCCGGACUUGCUGCUCGACAGGAGAGACUUCAUCUUCGACAUCUUGUCGGAGAUCGGCGAGGAGGACGACAGCCUGAUCGAGAUCGACCUCGCGAGAGGCUCCAUCAAGUGCGACGUCGUCAAGGCGUGAACAUGAACCGUGUGUCUGAAACCUCCCGCUGCAUGCAUUAAUUUGUUCAAAGCUCUGGUCUCUCUCAGGUGCCCCUCUUUGCGAGAGCUAGCUUAUUAUGCAUGUCUUUUCUUCGUGGUGGUGGUGGUGGUGAAGCCUUGUUUUGUCUUGUACUCUGUUUCGCAAAAUACCACCGCAGCAGAAAUAACGUGAUUAAUUGCACAUAUUUUGCUCAAACGAAAUGUAUUCUUGGUCUUUCCGCGCAUUCAAUAGAUGGUAAUUGUGUCA